AUGCCUUCUCCCGUCUUAUCACCGCUCGCGCCGCUGCGACGCAUCGGAGACGACGUAUACCUCUACGAGCCGUCGACUCCGGCAGCGGACCCAAGCUACCGCGGCCCUUCGCUCAUCGUCCUGUCGACAUGGCUCGGAGGCGCCUCGACUAAGAAUAUUGGGCGCUAUGUGGCCGGCCACAGGGCGCUGUUCCGUAACGCCUCGGUGCUGCUCGUCACGGCGCGGCUGUCCGAGAUCACUGUGACGCCCUUUGCGCGGAUGCAUGGACGGCUGCAGCCUGCCCGCGACGUCAUCGUGCGGCAUGUCUUGGGCGCCGGUGCGUCUUCCUCAUCAUCAUCAUCCAUACUGUGGCACAUUUUCUCCAACGGCGGGCUCAACACCGCAAUCCAGCUGGCGCGCAUCGCUCGUAAGGCCCUGUCAACCACCGGGCACGCCGCCGACCUCGAUACGGCGACGGGUGCCGUCAUCAUGGACUGCUGCCCGGGCGACAGCUCGUUGGGGCGGACCUUCCAGGCGGCGGCUUACUCGCUACCCGACACGUGGGCGGCGCAGACGGUCGGACGUCUAUUGCUUUUCCCGACCAUUGCAGCGCUCUUGGGUGCGCAGAGUGCGGGGCUACUCCCCGGCCGGGGUACCGGCACCGGCGGCGGGUCUCUCGCGGACCUAUACCACGGCGCUCACGACCCGAACAUCUUUGGCCGCGGCGCCCGUCGCAUGUACCUGUACUCGGUCUCGGACCGGCUGGUGCCGUGGCGCUUUGUUCACCAGCAUAUGGCGGAGGCGCGCGACAAGGGCUUCGCCGUUGAUGGGGAGGCCAUUCCCGGCGGGGGCCACUGCGCACUAUUGCGCGGCGACGCUGAUCGGUACUGGCGCGCCGUGGCAAGGUGCUGGGCCGAGACGGAUGAGGAGCGCAAUGAUGCAGAACCGUUAGGUGUUUCCGGUCCGUCUGUAAAGCGACCUAUUAUGGACAGUAUGGUACACUAG